GUCCUUCUCGGGUGAAAGGGGCACAACACGUUCAUGAGGGGCAAUUUUCUCUGGUAAAAGAGGGCACUGAUACGAGAUGGGCACUUAUAAGAUGGCUAAAGGCGGGGCAAAAGGGUACUUGCUAAUGGCAUAAAAUGGCCCCCGCCCGUUUCCCGGCAUCUGGUAUUAUAUUUGCAUGUUUGCCCCCUUGUUAUUUUUCCUCUCAUAUUCCAAACACACUCUGUUGAUACUGAUUCCAUGUUUUCCUAUCGAUUAUGGAGUCACUGUGACAGGACAUUGGAGUUGGCACGAAGGACGAGAUUAAGGUCUGUAAACGGAGACUAUCGCAUCAUUACACUCACAUUUUAUGAAAAACGCCGGGUAUGUAGUUUUCAAGCCGCACUAGGCCUAUACACUUCAAAGGCAGUCAGGCGCUGGACAGUUAUGCUGGGUAUUAUUUAAUCACUGGACUUGUACUUUGUCGGCGUUUUUCAUCUAUUUGAAUCGUAUUCUACUCAAACAUGGCUUCUCGGGGUAUUACGAUGACCGAGCCUACCUCGUACUCCCGGCCGACUACCCGAUCGCAGUCAAAACGCCUGUCCGAGGAGACUACGGAGCCCACUACAAAUGGAACGUCAUCUGUAGACCCGAAGGCUGGACAAUGGGGGCGUGCAUGGGAGGUAGAUGUGUUCACCACUGUUGGUGUUCUCCUCCUCCUGACCCUCAUACCACUGAUCGUCUUCUACGUCCAUGUAUCCUGUACCCACUACCAGUGUUCCCUCAUCGCUCCACCCCUUGAGAUGAGGAAGGGCGCCCUCACCCCCAUGAUGCUCUGGGAUCAGAUGCCACCGAUCACCUGGGAUGGUGUGACCAUCCUCGCAAUAUGGAUGGCUUUUCAGGUGGUCCUCUUCUACUUGCCAGACCUCUUCCGGUACAUAAUUCCAGGUUAUGUGGGCGGUAUCCAACUGGGUGCCGUAACGCCAUCGGGUAUCCGGAACCCGUACAACAUCAACGGUUUGCAGGCCUGGUUCAUCUCCAAUGGGAUCUUUGUGGCAAACGCCCUCUAUUUUGGUUGGUUCUCGCCAUCAAUCGUGUUUGACCACCGUGGUGCGCUCCUGUGGACAGCCAACGCUGUUGGCGUGACGGUAGCAACAUUCGCCAUCGUGAAGGCUUACUUCUUCCCUACCCACGCCGCUGAUCGUGUGUUUACUGGUAACAUCUUCUAUGAUUACAUGAUGGGAAUCGAGUUCAAUCCACGCAUCGGAAAGAUGUUUGAUUUCAAGCUUUUCUUCAAUGGACGACCGGGUAUUGUGGCCUGGACCAUCAUUAAUUUCUCCAUGGCGUGUAAGCAAUACGAACUCUACGGCUACGUCACCAACUCCAUGAUCCUUGUGAACUUCCUGGAGGCGAUCUAUGUGGUUGAUUACUUCUGGAAUGAGGCUUGGUACCUUCAUACCAUCGACAUGCACCAUGAUCAUUUCGGCUGGUACCUGGCCUGGGGUGAUAUGGUCUACCUGCCGUUCAUGUAUACCCUUCAGUGCUUCUACCUUGUCUUCAACCCUGUCGAACUCUCCUGGCCCAUCUUCACCGCCAUCUUCCUCCUCGGAACCAUCGGUUACUACAUCUUCCGUUCGGUCAACCGACAGAAGGAUUACUUCCGGCGCACCAACGGACAGGCUCCGAUUUGGGGCGCCAUGCCCAAGUACAUCGACGCCACGUAUACUAGCGGUGACGGACAGGAGAGAAAGAGCAAGCUGCUGUUGUCUGGUUGGUGGGGCGUCACCCGACAUAUGAACUACACCGGUGAUCUGAUGCAGGCUGCAGCCUGGUGCCUAUCCUGUGGAGUGGGACACAUCUUCCCAUACUAUUACCUAGUAUUCAUGACCAUUCUGCUCAUACACCGCUGCCGGAGAGACGAAGACCGCUGUCACGCCAAGUAUGGCAAGUCCUGGGAGCUUUACAUGAAGAAAGUUCCAUGUAGGCUUAUACCUUACAUUUACUGAUAAUGUCGCCAAUUUUUGUUUCAUGAUAACGAUCAAGCCUAAUACCUCAAGGGCAGUUGCAUGAGAUAAUCAAACUUUUGUUACGUCCAACCCAUAUUUUUUUCUUCAUUCUUAUGAAUUUCUCAAGCCAUGAUAAUUUGAGAGCAGACACAAUUCGAGAACAUAACUUUCAUUAGAGCAAGAAAGAGAAGACGACAUAUAGGUCCCACAUAAAGGAGAUCUGAUCGGAUGUUUUUUUUAUUUUCCUGAGCAGUGAUGUCAAAAUCUUGUGACCCAUCAGUAACACCUUAAUAAUGCAAUUUUUAUCAUAUUAAUGUUCACUAUCCAAUUAGUAUCUACAUGUAUGCAUUAUCGAGCUUAAAUCAACUUUCUCCUUGGUAUUCGCUCACCUUUGUUAAAUUGCGAUUACUUUUCGAUUGCGAUUACAUUCAUAAUGAAUUGCUACAACCCCAUUCCGGCAUUUGUGGACAUAUCUAGGCGGCGGAUUCUUUAUUGUUAACCCUAUGUAAUGCGUGAUAUGAUAUGUGCACCGUUGCAAUGCUUGAACGUUGUAUUUGAAUAUAUUGUAAUAAUGGUUCACUCCACACUAAAACACUGAUCAACACUGCCAGUUAACUAUCCACUGCAGAAUAAGUAACCGAACGAAAAUAAGUGACCGGAAUGGCUUAGUCUUAACAAAAUUGUCAAUAUUUGGGAGGAAUCAAAAUCCCUUGCCGAGCAGAAAGCGUCAUAGGGAUUCCAGUCCAAUGUUUAACAGGUUUUGAUGCAAUUUGCAGGUUUCAAUUAGUCUUUUUGAUGUUCAAGAAAUGGACUGGCCUUAGUUAUGGAGAGGUAUUUUAACAAUUAAAAGUAUACGCUCCAUCGUAUGAUUAUUACGUUUUAAAAUAAGGCUACGCGAAUUCCGUGGGAUUCAGAGUCGUGGCAUUAGGAAGCUAAUGAGGAGAUGAUUGGAUGACUAUAUAUGCUUGAUAACAAUGUGAACCAUAUUGAGCGCUCUUGUGCACGGGGGGACGCUACAGUUUUCCAUAUUCCUGAUUUUGUGACAUUCAGACAAAAUAGCAUGGUUGUAUGAACAGGGCGGCGCGAUGUAAGAAAAAUCGGAAACCCCGUGUGUAGGAAUGACUUCCCUCAUAUUAUCGGGGUAUGCGAGUGUUGGCCGGAGCAAUAGCAUUGUAAUAUGGUUGAUUGAGGGUUUUCCUUCGAGUUGCCGUCGUCCAAAAAUCGUGAUAAAACGUUAUGAGAAUGGUGACAAUGCAUCUCUGGCUGUUAGAAGUAAUAGUCAAAAUUUGGUUGAGCGAUCAUGAUCUGUUCAAAAGUGAAACAGAUCUGAAACCUUCGUUCUGCUAUUCAGAAGAGUUUGACUAGCGAUUGAUCGUAAGCUUGAUUUUUACGAUGGAUUGUACAUUGUAGUCAAUGCAAUCAAUCGUAGAAAAAUGUCCUACGAUCAAUUGCUAAAUUUUGUGUUACGGGCCCCUGGUCAUCAUAUUUGUCAUGGAUUUGGAAAUCGUACAUUUUCAGUGAUGUUUGAGUAACGAACAUCAAAAUAAAACAAACUAAACAAAACAAAAUAUGUUAUGUAUAAACGAAACAUAUUAGCAAAUGGUGACGGGUCUUGUAUAGUUUAGUAGUACAUGUUAUAAUAAUAAUGAUAAUAUUACACAGUUUUGUAUAGCGCAUAUCACAUUAUGAUAAUUGUAUUUUAUUGGAAUGAAGAUAUCUCAUUUGAGUAAUUGAAAAGUGGUCAUACAAGAGUGCUUAGGAUGCGAGUUUUAUUAUCAGGGUAUUUUUCGUUAUUUUUCUAUUAAUGCAGUAUUAAGGGACUGAGUAGCCCCAAAUUAUCAAAUAUGGCAUGGAGUUUUAUCACAGGAUGUUUUUAUUCAGAAAGUUUUGUAAGUGCGGUGAUUUGAAUUGAGAAUGUUAUGUUUAUCAUAAGGCUGAUUGUAUAUUCAAUUACUGCUCAAAAACAACUCGUAUAUGUCUAAUUGCUACGAAGACUGUUCUCAUGGCAUGAGAGUGGGUUUGUCAAAUCUAGGGUUAUUGUUUGUGAAAGCGAUGAUUUAGGCAACUCAAUUACUUUUUUUUUUGUUCAUCUUCAAAUAAACCAGACGAUGAUUUACGAUAAAUCUUGCCAGAUUGAUGUUUUUGGAACGACAUAUGUGGUCAUAUUUACCUUCAAUGGCGCAUUAUUUUUUUCUUUUUUGUUCGACUUAAAGCCAGCGACAUAAAAAUCUUAUACAGCGCCAUCUGUAGUCAGCACAAAGUCAGCAUUGACAGACUUUUCUUGGAUAAAUUUUGUGCAAGUGCCACGGAUGUUGUUGUUGUUUUUUUUUUUUAGGGAGGGGGGGGGGGAUGUUGAAAGUUUUUGUGGUAUUUUGUCCAACCUUCUCUGGUUGCAUGUCUUGCCAAGAAAGAAAAUUUCUACAAUUUUAUGCUAGAUGAUCAGAAACACGAUUUCUUUUUUUCGUUCAUUCAAAUUGUUAAGUUAACCAGUGUGUGAAUGAGUGCAACCUCAAGUAACUGCUGAGUAGUUUUGCUAUGAAUGUCUAGGAAAAAGGCUGAUUCUUUUUUUUUUUGUAAUGAAUACUGAAUAAACAUGGUGCUUCAAAGUAACUUGACAAUGCUGAACAACGUGUUAUUUGGGGAUGACUAUUUUAAUACCUAGCGUUAUUGCUUCGUUGAGGACAGUUUUUUUUUUUUUUUUUUUUGGGGGGGGAGGAUAUCCAUGUAGAUAUGCUCUUUUUAAUCUACAAAUUAUAGAUCAGUAUUUCUAAAAUGUCUACCAAAGUUUGACGUUUCAGGAAUUGUUCCUGUUAAGUAAUGAAGGAUUUCAUAAUCUAUUUCUUUCGGUUUUUGUUCUUCAUUUUUUUUAUUGCCAUUCACUGACAUUGAGUAUCCGAAAUACUCUAGCAGGCUCUCAAUGUCACAUUCAACCACUUAUUUUUUUAAUAGUUGCAUACAUUUUUAUUGUCGAAUACUAUUUUCAAACAAUUUGGAAUAUCAAUAAUGGUCAACGUCAGGCUGAGUUUAUACAAUGAUGUUUAUCCAUGCGCGAUUUCUUUUUAUUAAUUGUCAUUUUACCAACUAUUUUCUUACUGCUGAUGAUCAAAAAUAGUAAUGAAAAAAAAAAUCAGGGAACCCUUUAAUAAAUCUUGUUUAAGGUUUCGAGCAGUGUAACUGCCAGUUUUGGUUCUGAAAGAUUUUAUUCGAACGGAGAAAAUCCAAAUGCAUUAUGGGAUACUUUUCUUUUAACGAGCCCUAGUUCCUUCUUGCAUUGAAGACAUUGAUGGACAGAUGUGAACGGAAUCAUCGCUCUCGGUAUACAAUUGUGACCUCAAAGCGUAAUGUUCGUUUACAUAUGUAGAGAAAAGUCAAGUCUCAUCUACUGAGAUUAUACAUGAUAUGCAAGUAAGAAAACAUGAUUGUAAAUAUUUGGUCGUGCACUUUGAUAUAGUUCCUGGAAGAUACGAAAUUAAACUUGAACUUUUUAUCGCCAGUUUUAGAUGAAAGGUACUUGUGAUAUCCAUUUCUAAUUUUUUAUUCAUAAUUAUAUUAUUUACUUUGAUUUAUCAAUAUUAUAUUGUGUUAUAAGCAUUGCUAUAUCAAUUUACAAUGUAAUGCUAAUACAUUCUGCUAUUUAGGGUCAAUUAAUUGAACAAACUUCUUUGCUAAUUAUAUGCACUAACUUAAAAUCUGGUAUUUGAUACUUUUUUUGGGGGGGGGGUUGGGUCUCAUUGUUUUUGUUUUCAGUUUUUGGGAGAAAAAAGUUAAAUAUCACAUACAAAAUGGGUAUGAUAUGGUUUUCUACGGCAUGUUACGAAAAUAUGUUUGGACAUUGUUUGUUUUAUAUGUUGUAUGCAUGCAUCAUGCACACAUAAAAUGCACAUGAACAAAACAUCGCGUUUAAAUGUUCCAACAAAAUGAACACAAAUAAAACGAUUUAUUACAUGCGCUUGCUGUCCGACCGGCAAUCAAGUAUUAUAUAAUAAUUCGAACAAUUUUCUUGGACCUGAUUCAUGAUUUAUACCAUAAAUGUUAUUAUGGUUGUAAUAUAUGUUUGCAGCUGUUCAGUGUGUGUGUUCGUGUUGUUGCAAUCUAAAUCAAGCUCAUUAGUUUUCAUGGAAUAUUUUGUUGUUGUUUGUCAUUUUCUUUGGAAUCAUGAUUAUGUGGUUAAUUGUGAAUUAAAAAUCAAAUCUGGUCCAAAAUAAAAA